AUGGCCUUUAACGGCCAAACACCCACCAUUGUGGUGCUGAAAGAGGGCACCGAUGCUUCUCAGGGCAAGGGUCAGGUUAUCUCCAACAUCAACGCAUGUGUUGCCGUGCAAGCGACUGUGAAGAGCACUCUGGGUCCCUACGGUGGUGACCUCCUGCUUGUGGACAGCAAUGGCAAGCAGACUAUUACAAAUGACGGAGCUACCGUGAUGAAGCUUCUUGAUAUUGUGCACCCCGCCGCCCGCAUCCUCACGGACAUUGCCCGAUCCCAAGAUGCCGAAGUCGGUGACGGAACUACCUCGGUCGUUGUCCUCGCUGGUGAGAUUCUUAAGGAGGUGCGAGACCUCGUUGAGCAGGGUGUCAGCUCGCAGACUAUCAUUAAGGGUCUGCGGAGGGCUAGCGCUAUGGCGGUCAACAAGGUUAAGGAGAUUGCGGUGGAGAUGAUCAACUCUGCUGAGAACGAGGAGAAGAAGAUUGAGACCCUCCGACGACUAGCCGGAACAGCCAUGAACAGCAAGCUUAUCAAGCGGAAUCAGGAGUUCUUCACAAAGAUGGUUGUUGACGCGGUGCUUACCUUGGACCAGGACGACUUGAACGAGAAGUUGAUCGGUAUUAAGAAGAUUACCGGUGGUGGUCUUCAGGAGUCCCUUUUCGUCGAUGGUGUCGCUUUCAAGAAGACCUUCGCCUACGCCGGUUUCGAGCAGCAGCCCAAGUCCUUCAAGAACCCCAAGAUCCUGUGCCUGAACGUUGAGCUGGAGUUGAAGAGUGAGAAGGAUAACGCCGAGGUCCGUGUGGAGCAAGUCUCUGAGUACCAGGCCAUCGUCGACGCCGAAUGGCAGAUCAUUUACAACAAGCUUGAGGCCAUCUACAACACCGGCGCCAAGGUUGUGCUCAGCAAGCUGCCUAUUGGUGAUCUUGCUACCCAGUACUUCGCCGACCGAGACAUCUUCUGUGCCGGUCGUGUCGCAUCCGACGAUAUGAACCGGGUGUGCCAGGCUACCGCUGCCGCCACCCAGUCCACCUGCACUGACAUUCAAGAGCGUCACCUCGGUACCUGCGGUGCUUUCGAGGAGCGCCAGAUUGGUGGAGAGCGCUUCAACCUUUUCUCGGAGUGCCCUGCAGCCAAGACCUGCACCUUGGUCCUCCGUGGUGGUGCUGAGCAGUUCAUUGCAGAGGUCGAGCGCAGUCUGCACGAUGCUAUCAUGAUUGUCAAGCGCGCUUUGCGCAACACCACCAUUGUUGCAGGUGGUGGUGCCACCGAGAUGGAGCUGUCAGGUCAUCUGCACGGCUUCGCGGAUCGGAACGUCCCACACAAGCAGCAGGCGGUGGUCAAGGCGUUUGCCAAGGCCCUGGAGGUUAUUCCCCGCCAGCUUUGCGAUAACGCCGGCUUCGAUGCCACUGACAUUUUGAACCGUCUCCGUGUGGAGCACCGCAAGGGCAACACAUGGGCUGGUGUGGACUUUGAUAAUGAGGGUGUCCGUGACAACAUGCUUGCUUUCGUGUGGGAGCCAAGUCUGGUUAAGGUCAAUGCCAUUCAGGCCGCUGUGGAGGCCGCUUGCCUGAUUUUGAGUGUAGACGAGACGAUCAAGAACGAGGAGUCCGCCCAACCUGGAGCCCCGAGAGGUGGCCUUCCUCCUGGUGCCGCACAGCGCGCCCUCCGCGGUCGUGGCCGCGGAAUGCCCCGUCGCGGAUAA